GCCUUGCUCGAUCUCGGCCUGGACGCACAGGAGAAGAAUUCCAAGGGCGUGCUGCUGCUGCACAGAGCCUGCCGGCAGGCCCGGCCCGAGGCCGCCGCGCUGCUCCUCGACCGGCGCGCAGACCCCCUGGCGGCCACCAGGACCGGCGCCACCGCGCUGCACUUCGCUGCGACCUCACCGCCGGUGCUCACCCUGCUCCUGGAGCGGCUGCGCGCGGCCCUGAGCCCGCAGCAGCUGGCGACGCUGCUGGCCCUCGAGGGAGGCUCCGAGAGGGACACCCCGCUGCUCAUCGCGGUCAAGUCCGGCGCCAGGCGCUCCGUGGCCUUGCUCCUGGAGGCCCGGGCGGACGUGAACGCUGGCGACGAGGACCUGGACGGGUGGACGCCGCUGUUCUGGUGCCACGACGCGCCCAUGUUGCGGCAGCUGCUGGCCGCUCGCGCCGCCGUGAACGCUCGCGGCAGGGCUCGGACCACCCCGCUGAUGCAGGCCGUGGCCCGCGGCCACGUACCGCUGGCCCGGGCGCUCCUGCAGCACUCAGCGGACGCGGAGGCGCGGGACGACGACGGCGGCUCGCUGCUGUCGCACGCCCGCACCCCGCGGGCCAUGGCCGGCUUGCUGGCGGCCGGACUGCGGCUGGACGAGGCCUCCGCGGAGGGCCGCACGCCCCUGCACUACGCCGCGCGCGCCGGCCGCACCUGGGCCGCCCGCGAGUUGCUGCGGCUGGGCGCCAAGGGCACGCGCAGCGUGCACGGCCGGACCCCGCUGCACGAGGCAGCGGAAGCCGGCCACGUCGCCGUCGCCAGCGACCUCGUCCUGCGCGGCUUCCGCCCGGCGGACCUCGACCGCGCGGGGCGGGCGCCGCUGCACCUCGCCGCCGGGGCAGGCCGCCUCGUCGCGGUGAGGUACCUCCUGCGGGCCCGCUCGGACAUCGACCUCCCGGACGCGGAGGGGGAGACGCCACUGCCGAAGGCGAUCCGCGGCGGCCACUUCGCCGUCGCCCGGCUGCUGCUGGAGCUGCGGGCCCGGCCGCAGGGCGCCCCUGCCGGAGGCGCCGCCUCCCCGCUGCACCUGGCCGCGCGCCUCGGCCGCGCAGCCCUCUUGGAGGAGACCUCCUCCGCGGGCGCGCGGACGUAA